CUGUGCUGUGCGCGUGUAUGGCGUAGCCAGGGAGGUGUCCCGUGGCCCCAGAAGAAGAGCGCGCGGCGCAGCGGUUAACGCUGACGGUUGCCGGUGUGUGGUCGGUGCUGCCUGCCGACGAGACCCCUGUAUGGAGCGGAGCUGUGUCCAAUCGACGAUGGCGAUGGGUCUGUCAUCCAAGAAGGGCGGCUCGCGGAGCGUGGCGGUGGAGCGCAAAAAUCUCAUCACUGUUUGCAGGUUCUCUGUGAAGACCCUUCUGGAGAAGUACACAGCUGAGCCCAUAGAUGACUCGUCUGAGGAGUUUAUAAACUUCGCCUCCAUCAUGGAGCACAUCCUCAGCCAUCGCUUUAAAGGCUCAGGCAGCUGGUUCGAUGGCCAGAGGAGUUUCUGGGACUUUGUGCGUCUGGCGUGCAGCAAGGUCCCCAACAGCUGCAUCAGCAGCAUAGAGAACAUGGAGAACAUCAGCUCCUCACGGGCCAAGGGCAGGGCCUGGUUGCGAGUAGCCCUGAUGGAGAAGCGUCUGUCUGAAUACAUCGCCACGGCACUCAGGGACAGCCGCACGACCAGGAGGUUCUAUGAUGAUGGCGCCAUCAUGCUGAGGGAGGAGGCUUCUGUUCUCACCGGCAUGCUCAUCGGACUGGGAGCCAUCGACUUCAGUUUCUGUCUGAAAGGAGAAGCUCUGGAUGGCAAGUCGGAGGCUGUCAUCGACUACACACCCUACCUGAAGUUCACACAGAGCUAUGAUUACCUGAGUGACGAGGAGGACCACCACAGCAGUGAUGAGAGCAGUGACGAGAGCGCCCCCGAGCAUCCCUACGUUCCCUUGGUAACGCAAGAGGAGAGCUGGAGCACCAAGUGCCGCAAGAUGGAGCAGAGAUACAAGAUCGUCUACGCACAGAAGGGUUACCUUGAGGAGCUGGUGCGUCUGCGUGAGUCCCAGCUGAAGAACAUGGAGCAGGAGAACAAGAAGCUGAGCGCCCGGCUGGAGGAGGUGGAGACCCAGAGCACCCAGGAGAAGAGAGAACUGGAGGGCAUCGUGCUGGAGCUGCAGGAACAACUGACGGGCCUUAUUCCGUGCGACCCCCAGCAGUUGUCUAAAGACCUGCCCGUUCCCCUGGUGAACCAGUGGCCCUCGCUUAGCCCCUUCAACAACGAGAACCACGACAAGUUCCGCAGGGGGAGCUUUCCCAGUCCUGAUCCCCUGUCAGCUGCCAUUACCCUCAACUCAGAGCCGCCCAGACUGGAGCCCAAACCCAACGGACAGGCCUGGUGUACCAGACCGGAUAAAAACUACUCCAGCUCCAUGCUGGGUCUGUGUGGCUCCAUGGGAUCCCUGCCCAGCUGCAAGUCCCUGCCCAGCCUCAGGUCCACAGAGUGCCUGGUGAACAUCAGCGCCGACCCCAGCCCUGCCCUCACGCCCAGCUAGGGGGCACUGUGGAGCGAGCAUCGUCAUCAUCAUCCUACAGUACUCUCCCACAACUCUGGGAGUGCGUUACAAUA